GCAUUAAGGCAAACAAGGAUCGUAAAGUCAGUUCCAUCAAGACUUAAAAUGUGUCGUAAUAUGGAUGAAGUUAUUCAUUUUGAUGAGCAGAAAAUAGUGUUCGUAAAACAACUUGAUCCGAGUUACAAAUGUAUUGUAUGUAACAAUCUUCUUCACAAACCUAAGCAGACUUCAUGUGGGCACAGGAUCUGUGAAAACUGCCUGACAACAUUAACAAAGCGCUCGCCAAACGCACGUCCUCGGUGUCCAAUCGACGAGAUUGAACUUGACUUAAAAGACACCUUUCCAGAUAAAUGCUGUGAGAGAGAUAUACUAUCGUUACAAUGCUUCUGUCCAAACUCAAAGAAAGGAUGUGAUUGGGAAGGGGACUUUGGAUCUUUGAAGGAACAUAUCAGUAAGUGUGAACRUACAUCGGUCRWGUGCCCAAACRAAGGCUGCAGCGCUACUAUGGAAAAACGAUGUCUACAAGAUCACUUGACAAAUCACUGCGAUUAUAGAUUGCACACGUGCGAGAACUGUGAAGAACAGAUUGCUCAGGUUGAUGUGGAGAAACAUCAAUCAAAAUGCGCAGGAGUACUGGUACCCUGUACUAUGGGGUGUGGUGCGUCRCUGUAUCGAAAAGACAUGGAAAGACACGUGACCCAUGAAUGCUCCAAAGCUCCUGUAUUUUGCUCUCUGUAUCAACACGGAUGCAAUUUCAAAGGAACUCGAGAAGAUCUUGAGAAACAUGAUACUGACUGUCUGGAAAAACACAUUCAAAUCAUGGCUGAAUACAAUUCUAAGKCUUCUGAAAASUCGAAGAAGCUGGAAGAACRAAUACAAUCUCUCAAGUCUGAGAAAGAUGCUCUCGAUCGUCAACUCCAAGACUCCAACCAAGUCCUUGCGUUAACCAAGCAAGACUUCCAAACUUUGCAAAGCAAGAUCAGAAUCUUGGAAAAACACAUGGAUCAACAAAAGAAGAGUAUUAUUCAACUGCAAGAAAUACAGCAAAAAGAGCCAAGUGAAAUAGAAAGCCAAACUGCAAUGCAAACCCAGCUGGAGGAGAUUUAURCACUUUUACGCAAUCAAGAGAAAAGGAUUAACGACUUGAGCAUUCAAGACGAGUUUGGCGUAGGUUUCAGGUCUUUGAGCAGUUCAUACGGUAACGACCGACGCAUUUCCAAGAUUGAGCACAUGUGCGCAACUACCGARAUCWGCAUUGCAGAACAUGAUCUUAGAAUACAGAUGCUAGAAGCGACGUCAUACGACGGUUCUUACAUCUGGAAAAUCGACAAUUGGUCUCAAAGAAUUCACGAUGCAAAGAUUGGUAAGACAACUUCACUAUACAGCCCUCCAUUUUACGUGGGUCGUUCUGGGUAUAAAGUAUGUGGACGUCUAUACCCCUGUGGGGAUGGGAUUGGUAAAGGAACACACCUUUCUAUGUUCUUUGUGGUGAUGAAAGGCGAGUACGACGCUCUUUUGUCUUGGCCAUUUCGUCAGAAAGUAACCUUUCGGUUAAUAGAUCCAAAUCGAAUGAAUGAUCUUACUGACUGUUUUCGUCCAGACCCGAACAGUUCUAGCUUCCAGAAACCAAAAAGCUCGAUGAACAUUGCUUCAGGGACGCCAAAAUUUGUAUCACAUAGAACUCUGGACAGCUACGUUAUAGAAAAUACGUUAUUCAUCAAAAUAUCUGUUGAUARAACUGGAUUAGUUGAUUUAUAACAGAGUUAAGCCCCUGACAAAUAACAAAUGUUGGACAGCCCAACAUUGAGUGGUGUUUGGCGUUGAUGAAYGGUUGGAUCAAGCAUGUUGGAAAUUCAAGGCAUCUGGCCUUCCAGUCGAGUUGCCAUGGCCAGGUGAUGUUGAUGAAUAAAACAUUUUCUCAGUCAGGGGUUUGUSGGGUAAAGUCUGCAAAGGAGAUUGUAGGCUCGUGUGGCACUUCUUUUCCGAGCAUUGAAGAACAUUUAAUGAACUAUAUUAGGCGAAUAGAUUAUCAUUAUUAUAAUUUGCAAAAAAUUGUCAUAGAGAGAUAGGACAUUAGAAUUUUAGUUAAAAAUAAUUUAUUAAAAACACAAAAGAAGAUCAAUUUUUAAAGUUA